CUUUCACAUUUGCCUGCCCCCUCCAACAGGGUGAGGAGGGAUCUCAGGGUGAAAAAGGUUGGCCAGGAGAUCCAGGCGAGUCUACUCAUGGUCAGGUGACGGCUGGUCUUCCUGGACCAAAAGGUGAUCAAGGCGAGAUAGGCGGCAACUGUACUGUGUCCAAUCUAGAAACACUUUUCUUAUCUGGAGAGCCUGGUGAAAUGGGAGACAUAGGACCAAAAGGUGUGACCGGACCGAAAGGAGACAAAGGAGAUCGAGGCAUCGAUGGCAUCAUGGGAGAUCAAGGUCAAAAAGGUGAAGUUGGUCUGGAGGGGCCGAGGGGUGAAAAAGGCGACAAAGGACCUAAAGGAACCAAAGGAUGGAAGGGUGAUCGAGGACUGGAUGGUUUAAUUGGCCAACCUGGUCCUCUUGGGCCUAAAGGACUUACUGGUCAACCAGGGGAAGAUGGCUCAUCGGGUCCGGAGGGUAACGCCGGCCAACCAGGCGUAAGUUAA